UAAUGUAAAUAUUUGUAAUUCGUCAAUAAAAUUGACCAUGGAAUCCAUCAAAUCAUCCCUGAUUUCUGACGAAAAUGGAAUUCCAAAAAUGAUGUGGAAACCUCCGACUGAAAAUAACUGUAGAAUGGAAGAGUUCAGAUUGAAAGUUCAGAAGAAAUUCGGAAUUACAUUAGAGUGUUAUCAUGACUUGUGGAAAUGGUCGACAGAGAAUUACUCGGAUUUCUGGGAAAUGUUUUGGUCAGAAUCUGGCAUCAUCUAUUCUCAAAUUUAUAAUCAAGUUGUUGAUAAAAAAUUAUCAAUUGUUGAUAAUCCCGAGUGGUUUGCUGGAGCAAGACUAAACUAUGCAGAAAAUUUAUUGAAAUUUAAUGACGAUAAAAUUGCAGUUUAUUCAACUGGUGAACAGAGGCCAACAAAAACAUAUACAUACAAAGAAUUACGAAAAUUAGUCUCCAAAUAUGCAGCAGCUCUCCGAUCUUUGAACAUUAAGACUGGAGACAGGGUGGUUGGUUAUAUUCCCAACUGUGUUGAAGCUCUCGUUGCAAUGUUGGCAGCAGCCAGUAUUGGUGCAAUAUAUAGUUCUACAUCUCCUGAUUUCGGAGUCAUGGGUGUUCUGGACAGGUUUCAGCAGAUUGAACCGAGUGUUAUAUUUUCUGUGGAUGCAGUUUGGUACAAGGAUAAGACACAUAAUCAUUUAGAUAAACUGAAGCAAGUAGCAUCUGGGUUACCUACUUUGAAGCAUGUUGUCGUUAUACCUUUUGUUAAUGAUGAAAGCAAGUUUGAUAUAUCGGAAAUUUCUAAAAGCAUGAUGUUGUCUGAGUUUCUUAGCAGAGGUUCAGAUGAUGAAGAUAUUACAUUUGAACAAUUGCCUUUCAAUCACCCACUGUUUGUAAUGUAUUCAUCUGGAACUACAGGACCACCCAAAUGUAUGGUUCAUUCAGCAGGGGGAACACUCAUACAGCACAUGAAAGAACACAUACUGCAUGGUAACAUGGAUAGAAAUGAUAUAUUGCUGUUUUAUACAACUACAGGUUGGAUGAUGUGGAACUGGUUGGUUGGUGCAUUAUCAACUGGUGGUUCUAUAGUAUUAUAUGAUGGUUCUCCUUUUCAUCCGAAAAUAACUGCAUUGUGGGAGCUCGUAGAAAGUAUAAAAAUUACAAUUCUGGGAACAAGUGCAAAAUGUUUAAGUAUGAUGGAAGAAUAUGGAAUGAAACCAAAUCAAACACACAAGAUAGAUUCACUUCAUACAAUGUUAUCAACUGGUUCUCCACUUGCUCCUCACCAAUAUGAUUUUGUUUAUACUCACGUCAAAACGGAUUUAGUGAUGGGUUCUAUUUCUGGUGGCACCGAUAUAAUCUCAUGUUUCAUGGGACAAAAUUUUGCUGUCCCAGUGUAUAAAGGUGAAGUGCAAGAAAAUAAUCUAGGAAUGGCGAUGUCAUGCUUCGAUGAAACUGGGAAACCUGUUUAUAAUGAACCAGGAGAGCUAGUAUGUACGACACCUUUCCCAUGUAUGCCGACACAUUUUUGGAAUGAUGAGGAUAAUGUUCUGUAUAGGAAUGCAUACUUUGCUAAGUUCCCAGGUGUGUGGUCCCAUGGUGAUUAUUGUAUAUUCAAUUCAAAAACGAAUGGAAUAGUAAUGCUAGGCAGAAGUGAUGCAACUUUGAAUCCUAAUGGUGUUCGAUUUGGAACUACGGAGUUGUAUGGAAUUGUUGAAAGAGCUUUCGGAAAAGAUGUCGAAGACUGUGUUGCUGUGGCACAACGAAGUGUUUCAGCUUCUAGUUUUGGUGAAAGAGUAAUAUUAUUUGUCAAAAUGAUGGAAAAUGCACUAUUUUCUGAAGAUCUCGCAAAGAAGAUAAAAUCUGAAAUAAGGAGACUUUUAUCUCCCAGACACGUUCCAGCACUUGUUCUGGAAACGAAAGAUAUUCCGUAUACCAUCAGUGGAAAAAAAGUUGAAAUGGCUGUAGCGAAGAUGGUGGCAGGUGGAUAUAUUGCACACUCUGCAUCAUUUCGGAAUCCAGAAUCUUUGGAACUGUUCAAAAAUAUUCCAGAACUACAAGGAUUUUGAAGAUUUAUUUUUAAGUUGAUUUUAAUUCUGCCUCCAUAUAUUAGCUUUGAAUUAUCACAAGUGCUGAUUUAAGUAUUUUUCAAGUUCACUAUUAUGAUUUAUGGCUUUUUGUUUGUUUACUAACUAAAAUUGAUAUGCAGCCAGUCGAGUAAAAUAAAUUUUAUGUUCAUCAAAACAAACUAUGCUCUAUAAUUAGUUCCAGUAACAAUACUUUAUAUUUCAUAGAUUUAUAGUUUUUAUUAGUUUUAAUAUAAUUUUACCAAACAGUGAAAUGUUGUAUUUUCAGCUUGCUGCUUUUGCACUGUUAAUGAGGAUGGAUUUUUAAACAUAUUGCAUUUUUCUAAUUUGUGGAAGGAUCUAACAUAGAAUCACUUUAAAAAAUCUAUAGUUCCCGAAAAUACCUUUUACUGUUUAUUUGUUACAACUCUGCUUUCCAAAGACAAACUCGCUCUAAAUA